GGCCGCGUCGUGAGCAGUCGAAACUUGCUGUAGUAGCGGUACCAGCGGUUCCUUUUUGUGUACUUGUACCUGUAUCUGACUGUACCAUCACUGCGUACUUGUAGUGCUUGUAGUAGAACAAAGACCUAGUACUUGUGACGGUGUUCUGCGCCUGUGCCAUCUGUGCUUCGCGGAGCCUGGCCAGCGGUCCGUCACGUGUUGUGUUUGUUUGCUUGCCGUGUCAUCGGCCCAGGGCAUGUUAUUCGUUGUUUUGAAUCAACGAAACAAGUUCAUUGGUGCUGUGUUCUCAAGCAACAGGCAGUCGAAGUAUCAACGAUAUUAUGGCAUAUUACCGGCUACAAGCUGUACUGGGAAACCGAGCUCCCAGAUGUCUUUGGAGGCGAGUGUCGCUGCUUACAAAUCGGUCCCUCCAGGAGGAAAUGGCAUGCCUGCAAUUCUGUUCAGCCUCCAGAAGUAAUACACUUGCACAAGGAACAGUCAGACUAAGCUUUACGAAGAGGAAGCUACUGAUGAAUCCUGAAUAUGCUAAAACAUCGCAUCAGGUGAUGAAAGCAGGUUACAGCACAAGUCAUCGUGAGGAUGCUGCUUCAUUGGAAAACUUGAGUUGCGACUAUGAAGAAGUUAAGGACUUACUGCAGAAAGGCAAAGCCUUCUUUGUCGACGUGAGAGAGCCCAAGGAACUCGUCAACGAUGGGCGCAUACCAGGCUGCGUCAACAUCCCGUUGAAUGACGUGGGUGCGGCCUUGGAGCUACCUCCAGAGAAGUUCAAGGAAAAGUAUGGCCGUGACAAGCCUUCCCCAGAUGAUCCCAACCUUAUUUUCUCGUGCCGGAAAGGUGUUCGUGCCACGAGUGCCAUGCAAACAGCUCAUGCCAGAGGAUACCAUGCUGCCCGGUUCUACAGAGGCAGCUUCUGUGACUGGGAGGAGCGUGGUGGAGAGGUGAUCAAGGGAUGAAUCCUGCCACAUUCAACUAAGUCUGUUGUAGCAAUUGCUAGCAGAAUUGAUAGCUUACACAAUUCUUUCGUUUUUAGACUGAUUAGUAUAACUAUUUUCUUUACAUGCAAGGAGCUUCAGAGGAAUAAGCAGAAAUAUAUGGCCACUCGAGCUUUGGUCCUGCCAACAGGCUUCUGGCAAAAGAAGCACUGACAGUACUGGUUUAAUUUUCAGCACAAGAAGCUAUUUACUAUACGGUCUUAUCUUUAGUAUAAUGGCACAUAGCCCUGUGAAAAAUGACCUGCUGUAGUUUUAUUGUUCCUCUUUGUCCAAAUGAAUAACUGUAGAGGCCUUAAAGGGCCUGCAACACUUUUUCAGCAUGGUCAGAAAACGCUGUCGAUCUGUAGUCGAGGCUCCCGAGAACACGCGAUCCAAACAUUAUAGCGCAGCACGCGGCCUGGGAUUUACAAUAAAUUCUCAGUCAGCUAAAAAGCGCUUCCUCUUCUCUCGACAAAAAUGAUGCUUACGGCGUCACUGCCACUGGCCACGCCAUUGGCUGAUUUUGAACAUGGCGCGCUGGAUAGUUACUGCGGCCACCGCGAGAGGCCGUCACUUGCCCCCGCGCGCGCACGCGAUCGCACUGCGCGCGUUCGAAGAAAAAAGAAAAGAAAGAGUGAUCAAGGUCACGAGGCGCGCGUGACGUACCUUCUUCUCCCGUGCCACCUCUCCCUGCUUAGCUUCCAGCACUUUGGUCAGGACGAGUGAAGAGAGAAAGCAAUGACAGCGUGCGACAAAUCUUUGUAACUCCGCUCGUACUGGACGGAUUCUAAAAAUUUUUGUGGUGGUCGAUUCGUGAGGAAAUAAGCGCCCUUAUUGAAGCCAUUCCAUGGCUACUCGAAAAAGUGUUGCAGGGCCACUUUAAGUUCUGAUAAUUUGAAGGUCCAUUAUGUAUGCGGGUUCUGUUCUAGGCAGCCUAUGGUGCUAUAUAGUGUUUUAUAACUUGACAGAAGAAUGCUGAUUGAGGCAAGACCAGUGUCUUGUUUUUUUGUGACAGUCUACUUUCGUUUCUGUAAGACUUUGAAAGCGAUUUGCAUGGGGAGCUACCUUUGGCUGUAUUAUGUGUCCUUUCUACCAGUCACACAUAAAAGUGAAAUACCAUUCACACUGAGUUGUGCAGAUGCGUUACACAAUAAAAGUAUUUAGUAGGUGUC